CUUCCAAUGGUUAUCACCCAGACACUCAAAUAAACGGGAUGAACGGGAAUCAUAACAAUCAUAUGAGUGGUAAUCACGGGAAUGGAGUCAUGGGGAUUAAUGGAAGAAACAUGAAUGGUCCGAAUGGGAUGAAAACUUUCGAUAGACAAGGAAUAAAUGGUAAACCUCAACGUCAUGUACAAUCAACUUAUUCCCCACAACCUCGUACUAGUUUCGAUACUACACCGGAAAGACCGCGACAGGAAAUAGCACAGAGAAUGGUGACGAGCAUGUAUGAUCCCAGUUCGGUAGGAUCGGGACCUGUCUUACGUGUUGGAGGUGGUGGACCGUAUGGGUUCGAGUUAAGUCAGGAGACGGGGGGUAAAGGGAAUAAACCGAGGAAGGGACUCAAAGGUUUGUUCGGGGGACAUAAAGCUGGAAGAUUGGCAUGAAUCAUCAUCAAGCUAUUCAGUCACUCGAUCGUUGUCUGGGUGAUCCUCCAAACUUUAAAAACACCUUUUUUCUCUGACGAUGGGGGUACAGUGCGGAGCAAUGUUGAACGGUCGAGAGUGAGUAUGAGUUGUUGAGAAAGGAGGCGAGACCAACAAGGGGACGGAAUGCUAGUCUGUCAAUCGGAUGGUGGUCAUGACACUACGAGCCAGAAAAUUUGUAGGGUGUAAGUGAGUACGGAGGGACAGAGGGAUGAGGAGUAACAUAAUCAAUAAUCAGUCUAAGAGUUUACGGAAAAACUGAACGAACAUUGGUAUGAUGACGCGAUGCAUUAUUGUUACUUAU